AUGCGGGAGCCCCAGCAGGCGAACGCUGUCGCUGCUAAUAUCGCCAAACGCGCCAUCGAAAUAGUAAUAGUACAAGUCGAGAACAAUGGCAGGCUGGAUCCAGAGGAGGGCGCAGGGGAUUUGGAACUCUCGGGCCACGUUAGAGGCCCACGGGAGGAGGAGAGUGUAGACGAGGCACGUCACGGGUCGGCCCAUAUCGGAGGCUUUGAGAAUGGUGUCCCUGAGGGCCCGGGAGCCUUGGUUCUUUAUCUCGGACAUAUGCUUCUUGUGGUCGUCUUGGUCCAUCGUCGAAGCCGUCAGAGAAGAGGGCGAAGGAAAGGCCGAUAG